AUAGUUACUCAACUCAGCUCGUCUUUCGUCGUGUAAGCAAAUUUGUCGGCAUUUGCUUGUCUUCAUUGUAAAAUUUCAUUGAUUCGAUCGCUCUGGUAUUGGAGCCACGUGGUGAAUAAUGAAUAGUGUUUUUUAUGAGAAUUAUUUACAGUUUUUGUUUUGUUAACGAAUAAUUGUCGUUUAGUAAUCAGCAGGAAAGAAAAUAUAGAGUUGUUUUGCUGACUGGGUGAAUAGGAGAGGUGAGGAGUGUAGCGGGAGGAAUAUCUGAGUCAAUGGCCUAAAAUACAUGGCCAGUUGUACCCCUCGGAUUAUUUUCACAUUAGCUGUUCCUAUUUUUGGUUUUUUAACAGUUUUGUUUCUUAAAAGAAAGAAGUUGAAAUCUAGUGAUUUGAAGAAUUUGUCUGAUACAUCAAAAACUGAAGAUAUAACAGAUUCAAUGAAGCUUCAACCAGAUUACAGUACAGUUGUGCAAUCUUCUAAAACGACAGAAAUGCAAUUAAAGGAAAAUGAUAAAGGUACUGCAUUUAAUGGCGGCACAAAUGGUAUUUCUUCCACUGCAAAUGGUAUGUCAACCACUGCAAAUGGUAUGUCAACCACUGCAAAUGGUAUUUCAUCCACUGCAAAUGGUAUCUCGACCACUGUAAAUGGUAUUUCAUCUUCUGCAAAUGGAAUUACUCAACAAAAUCAAACUACUGGACUGUACAGAACAUCUUAUGCAGCAGCACUCAAAGUUAAUAGAAAUGUGAAUGGUGCUGUAUCAAGUGUCAAGACUAAGCCUAAAGAAAAUGGCAUUGGUGCUAAUAUGCAUACUGCUAAAGCUGACAAUAAAUUUAAUCAAAAUGGACUUAAGCAGUCUGCUAGAACUGAGCAAAGCACUAAUGGUGAAUCGAGUACAAAUGGUGUAUCUGAGUGUGCCUCAACUCCUGUAAUAAAUAAGCCAAAUGGGGUAUCGAUUGCUACAACCCCAAAUGGUGUUAAUCAAACCAGCAAAUCUAAAUCUAGAAAGAAAAAUAAGGGCAAAAUGCCUGAGAAAAAUAACACAUGUUCCACUGAGCCCACAUCAAAUGGUUGUGUAAAAGAUAAAAAUGUACUUGUAAAAACUGAUAAUGAAAACUCUCUUUCCAAUGGAUUUUCUAAUCUGACUGUAGAAGAUACUUCCAUACAGGAGAUUAUUCAUGUGACAAAAUCUCAAGAAAUGGACUUGAACUGUUGUCCUACAAAUUCCACUGUUGAACAUAUUACCUCAUCUGUAGACUCAGUGACAGACACUCAGACAAUUGUUACAGAUGCUGUGCAGAGUUCAAAUAAUGUCAUACUCAUAGAUGAAAACUUAAUGGUUGAAGCUGCCAAAGAUUGUGAUAUAGUUGAUCAGACCAUCUCCUCUGAGAAUCAUUGUGUUACUCCUGAAUCUGGACGGUCUAGUGAAACCUUGAGUGAGACAGCUGAAACUUUGCAGGUUGAUGUUAAUGGACAUCUGACAUUUCCUGAUGACUGUAUUGCUGCAGGUGGUCAAGACAUGCUUCCAAGUCCUGAAGCUGCAUAUUGUGAUAGUGUGACUCUUGAUGAUCUUCAGAUAGAAACUUUUGAAGUGUUGUACAAAGGAUUAAAAACUGUUUAUCAAGUGCCAAGAUACUGUGUUAGAUUUUUAAAAAAUAUUCUGUAUAUAAGUAAAUGGACUCAUCUUAACAAUCCUGAAGAGACGGAGGGCUCUAAUGAUAGCGGAAGAGGAGGAAGUGAACUUCAAUUCGGUUUUGACUCCCAACCUUGUUCUAUGACCUAUGAGUUUGAUCUUCAUUCAGAUCAUUGUGGCUAUUUGAUUGGUAAGAGAGGCAGCCAUGUCAACUACAUCAAAGAAAAAACAAAUGCUUUGAUUUGGAUUCGCAAUGCCCUCUCCCCUUUUAACAAUGAAAAGAAAAUUGUAUCUAUUAUUGCAAGUGACGAAGCUUCUAUAAAUGAAGCACUGAAGCUUAUUCGAAAAAGAUUUCCUCUUGCUAUAUAUCCUGAUGUAACAUUAGAGCGCUCUAAUCACGUUCUAGUUUGCCCACCUACCUUAAAACUGUCUCCUCCUGAGGCUGUUGAAUUUCAAGUUGUGUUGAGUGCAACAGUGAAUGCUGCUCAUUUCUUUGUUCAACUGCCCACCCAUCCAUCUUAUCAUGCAUUGCCGCCAUUCACAUUGUCCAUGGCAUCUAUGUACACUCAUUGUCAUGCUCCAGUUGUAACUUCACCAACUGUUGGUAAUAUUGUUGUUUCUCCUGUUGCUGAUGGAUGGUUUAGAGCAGAAAUUAUGGAAGUUUUUACUGAGGACGAUACAUGCAAACUAAAAUAUCUAGACUAUGGAGGAUAUCAAAUAGUACCUACCUCUACUUUGAGACAAAUAAACUUUGAAUUUAUGCAGAUGCCAUUCCAAGCCAUUGAAUGUUAUUUGGCUAAUGUUACAUGUCAUGAGGAACUUGGGUGGACUGAAGAAUCCAAAAUUUCUUUUGAAAAUUUGGCACAAGGUCAGAUUUUAUCCGCAUAUGUUGCCGGAAUUGCAGACGAUGGUAUUCCUUGUCUUCAUUUGUACAAAGUCACUGGUGCUACAAAUACUUUCAUUAACCAGGCUUUGGUAGAAAGCGGACUUGCUAAGUGGGUAUCCUAUGAACAAUAAUUGCACGUAUCAAGAAAAUCCAGUGACAGUCAUGAUUUUCAAGCUAUGUUGGAUUGUUUGAUUUAGAAGUGUGGGCUACAUUUCUGUAAUAAGAUACUCUGCAGAGAUUUGCUGCAUUUUUUAUUUAUAAAAAGUCAUGCAAGUUUUUGAUUUUUUUUUUUUUCUUUUUCUUUUUGGAUGAAGGAUCCCAUAUUAAAACCAUGUUUUGGCAUUUCAAAUUGUAUGAUUUUUAAACUUUUGUGCGCAAAUUGUGCAUUUUUCAAAAUUAAAUGUUCUGAUUUUCUUGGUUAUCAUUUUUUCAUACCAUUUUAUUUUGAUGCUAAUUUGUAUAUAGUUUUAUUAUUAUUAAUGCUCAAUUGUUUAUGUUAAUUUUCGUGAUAGGGAUGUUUACUAGCUGACACAUUAUUUUUUUUCGCAAAGUCCUAUUGUAUAUGAACUAAAAAUAUUUAUAAUUUUGAUUCAUGCAUGCAGAUUGAUUUAUUUGUAUUUAUAGUUUGUGUUACAUAUAUUAGUACACUUGAGUGCUUUUGUCCUUUACGUAGUUGCUGUUUCUUGUUUUGUACUCCUUUUUUUACUGUAUAAAUGACUAUGAUCAUUAAAAAUUUAUAUUUUUAAAGUUUUUCUAUUAUAUUUGUCGACGUAAUCCAAUUGUAUAGUAAUCCCAUAAUUUUCGACAGCUAACCACAGGUCGUUGAUUUGUUAGCAAUAAAGCUGCCAUUUUAGUGUGUGCAGUGUAGUGAUAUGCGUUCUUUCCUGACCAUUGUCCAUUCUCCUAAUGCUAGCAUUUGUUCUUAUGUGGUUUUUAAAACAUUUAUGACAUGCAAUUUGUAUGCUGUUAAUUGUUAAUCUAAUAGAUUUUUUGAGUUUUUAUUAUAUUUUGAACAUUUUUAAUUACUAACUGUGAAUCGUGUUAUCCUAUUGCUUUUUGACUUGUCGAGUACUAUUUAUAUUGUUAGAUUUCAUAGUAUCUGUUUUGUAUGAAUAUUAAAACUUUGUAAUAUUUUAUCUCUUUAGCUAUGAUUGUUACAGCAAUGAAUAUGUAAUUUUAAAGUUUAAAUCGGUAGGAGAAGGAGAUCAUAUAUUUUCUUAGAAUAUAAAUAAUGCAUGUAUUUGGUAAUGACGAAUCUGUAUAUAUUUAAGCUAUUUGUUUUUGUUAAUCUAUUUUGGUUUCUUAAUGUCAGUUGCUAAGGCUUUUGUUUAAUUUGUGUUUGGAAUAUUUGUCAAUAAAAUUUUUUUCUUUCCUGUCUUAA